AUGUCAUUAGAGCAUGAUGUUGUGAGCGCGAUGGCCGUGACAAGCACUGAAGAGUCUUCUGAUCGCCCACCGAAGCGACAGCGUACAGCAAGCUCAAUAGAAAUGCCAAACCCGCAUACAGCCCCGGAUACUGAUACAAGUCCUCAAACAGCGCAAGAGGCUCGUAUACACAUUAGCAAGGAGCUAUCUACCAAUGGGCUACUGUCCGGUCACCAACGCUCAGUUCUGGAGACAGCCAUUUCUUUUGUCGACCGAUUGUCCCACACGCCGACACCAAACAUGAUGGAUCGUAGUACUUUUGACAAGUCCAUGCAUGUUUCAACGGACAUGUCUCCGCGUGAGAUCUUCAAUGUCAUCCUUGGCACCGAAUUCAAGGAGCUUGGCGAUGCAGCCGCUCGCUACCAUACUGUCGAUCAUGUGCCAUCUGCAGCCUUGGAGAGGAUUGCCCUUGCCUUGAUGGAGGGCACCGCCGACGAAAAGACUCUCAAUCUGUACAGAGUUAUAAUACAUUUCCAAGCGGCCGUCGUCCUGUAUGCAAGCCAAUUGCAAGGACCCAAAAGUGCAGCAGUACAAAAGCACAUUCAACAAAUGGAAUACAAUCAUCUCAUGGCAGCGUUCACGGCGCUAGACAAUAUCAGCUUCUUAACCACGCCAUCGCUACUUCUGGCGCAAGCCUUGGUUACCGGGGCCAUUAUGAUGCAAAUCAUUGGCAAUCCAGUUGGCUCCUGGGAGCUUACAGCCCAUGCUUCACGCACCAUCGUAGCCCUCGGUUACCACCAAAUCGAUAAGACUGUAGCAGAAAAUGAUACGGAGAGGGAGAUAUACACCAUCGUCGCCAACUGCGCAUACUUCGAUAGCGUCAUGAGUCUCUUGCUGCUUCGACCGCGCUCCCUUCCGAAACUCCGGGUCAAUGUCGCAGACCUCUUACGGGGCCAAGAAAGUGCUAUGAGUAUGCUAGAGAUGAUACCUGUACAUGACAAAAUCUUGGACUUGACGUUGGAUUCGGGUACAAAGCGAUCCCCAGCUAUGUUGAAGAAUGAAGUUGCCCAGCUAAGAUCGCAGAUGCAAGACGUCUAUAAGUCGAUGGAGAAGGAACGACAAACACACCUAUUGGUGAGCAAGCAGGAUACCCUCAUUCAUUGGAAGGGCAUGGAGUUCAAAUACUACUCCACCAUGACAUCCGUCUACCGACUCAGUCCUACCGUCACGACCAAUCACGCAGAGCGAGAGGAAUGCCUGCAAUGUGCAAGAAAAGCUCUCGAAUGCGUGAAGCUCAUCGAACAGCUUGGGCGGAGGCUAGACCAUUUCAUCGAAGGCUAUGACCCCUACCUCGCCUGGUCUUUGCUCUCCUACCCACUCUGUCCUUUCUUCGUCGUCUUCUGCAAUGUAGUCGGUACUUCGGACCCUCGCGACUUUCAGCUCCUCCAGGACGUCACAGACAGCAUCUCAGGCCUCGUCACGGAGAACAGAUAUGUCCACCGCCUCCAUCGGCUAUGUGCCACCCUUCUGGGUCUAUGUAAACCCCUUGUCAAUGUUCCCGAGGUGCAAGAGCCCGUGCAGCAACAGCCACCCUUGGAUAUGGCAACGAUGAUGCCGGAGCCCUUCGCUCCGGUCAUGACAUUUAACAAUGGGCCCGAUCUGUUGAACGGAAAUAAUGAUGCCACUGGCAUGAUGCCUUCGUCUUGGAAUGACGACAUGAUGUGGCAACUGUUCCAGUCGCAGCCAUCGCUGGAUUGGUUCAAUGCAGACAUCUUGGAUCCAGCUUGGGAUCCCAGUCUGCCACUUUGA